AUGAGCUCCGACUCGGAUCCACCGCUCGUCUCUCUUAGAGAUAGGGGCAAGAGAGCUAUGGACUUCGAUUCCGGAGGGGUGCCUCGAGGUUUUAAAGGCAGGCUUUCUACAGGACGACAAGAUGAUACAAGGGCAUCUUCACAAGAGACAAGGGAACAAAGCCAACAGCUAAGGACCCAAAAUGAUGUAUCCGGAGUUAUUGCACCUGGAAAUGAUCGAGGUUACACCUUUGCCCAAUUCGUAAAGGUGAAACCACCAACGUAUGACGGAAAAACAGAUCCUCUUGUGGCUGAACGUUGGAUCAGGAAGAUAGAGGGAAUCUUUAGAGUUGAAGAGGUUCCCGAGGAGAAGAAGGUUGAUUUUGCCACUCAAUAUCUAGAAGGCGAAGCUGAAUAUUGGUGGGAAGGCACCGGACCAGCUCUUGGAGGCAGGGAUGCAACUGUUUCCCGGAAGGACUUUGUUGAGGCGUUUGAUGCUCAAUUCUUUCCGAAGUCAUUCCGGGCGAAGAUGAGGAGUGAUUUCGUUCAUAUAUCUCAAGGUGAUUCUACAGUAUUAGAGUAUGUAGGCCGCUUCAAUCGAUUAAGCGGAUUUGCGGAGCAAUUUGUUGCUAGUGAGGAGGAUAAGGCUGACCAUUUUCGGAGAGGGCUCCGACCCGAGAUUCGUUUCACACUUAUGCCUUUUGCACUCACAACUUAUAAAGAUGUGCUGGAACGUGCAAUACGGGUUGAACAAGGCGCUUUGGAAUGUGGGAUACAAGGCGGUUCUCAACCUAAGAGGCCCAAAUUCACUAAUUCUCAAGAAAGUUAUACAAGUGGCAGCAUAAAGCGAAGAGGCAUUCAUCGACCAGGAAAUGGUAAAAACAUCACUAUUCAAGGCCCUUGCACUACUUGCGGAAAGCAUCAUAGUGGUCAUUACUCUUGGAAGACAAGAGUUUGCUUCCUAUGUGGCAAGAUGGGACAUUUGCGGCAAAAUUGUCCUAUGCAAAGGGAUACUUUAGUGGAUAGCGGAUCGUGUUUCAUAUGUGGACAACCUGGACAUUUGGCUUGUGCUUGUCCUAUAUGUAAGGAUAUGCCCUCAAUUGGUAGGCCCUAG